AAGGCGAUCUGCAACUUGACCCUCCAUCGUGAUUUGGCUGGCUGUCGGGCCUCGAACACUUGGACUCUCUGCAUCCGCACGGCCGAGUGCUGCCGCCAACAAUGAGCACUGCAAAACAGAAGGAUGCAGGGUACUAUGGCUUGAGCCAGCAGGUGCUGCUUGUCGACGAAACAGGGGCUCCAUGGGACAGGCGAGAAGGCCGCCGGCCGCUCUCGAUCCAAAUGCCUCGGAUCCAGGACUCGCCAGUGCUGCAGGAGGUUCUCGAGACGAGCCGGCUCCAGAUCACGGUGCCGAGACUCGCUGCCGCUACCAAGCUGCCGCUGACGCUGUUCUGCGAAGAGUUCAUCUCUCCGAUCAUGGAAAACGAGACCUUGGACAAGAGCCCGGGCCGGUACACCCUCGGCGGCAUCAUCGGCAUCCUGUCGCUGCUGCGGUCGCUCCAGAUCCGCAAUUCGCAGAACAUUACGCUGUCGUGCUUUCGCCUACUACAAUACUGGCACUUUACGGUCCCGUCGGUGAUAUCCUUCAUCAUCUCGUUCACGCCCCGGAUCUCCAACAGCCCAAGUGAAUUCGAUCGAUACUCGGACAUAUUUGUGCUGCAGUGCAGGUUCUUCCUGAAACAGAACCUUGGGCAGCUCGAGGGUGUUGCGCUCGGCUUGAUCCAGUUUAUACCCCGCGACGUCUUUCUGGAUCUGAUCCGAAACAACGAUCUCGAGGUCGCCGACGAAUGGCAUCGCAUACGCAUCGUCAAGCAGUACCUCGAGGCCAUCCAUGUCGAAGAUGAAUAUCGAAUGGAGCUUUUAUCGUGCUUGCGUCCCGAGAACAUCGUGGCCUAUCCGUGGCAUCGCAGCCGACUGCUUGUCCUCAGCGACGAAACAGUGUUCCCUCGGGCAUGGAUGCAGUCGGUGACGCCGCUGGUCGAGAGUUCGCUCGAGGGGCUUCUUCCUCCGUCGCUGGCCGGAUGCGUCAGGUACCGCUUUGGCUCUGCCUUUGAGAUGGAGCCCCAACCGGUCAACGGAGAAAGCAGCUGGAUCGAAGGCGUCAACACCGCCGAAGACUUUUUAUCCCGGGUCCGCAACGUUGAUCAGAUUUCCAAGCCCAUGAGCGUGCACCGGACGGUCUGGUAUCUGCAGAUGGGCAGCGACGAAUCAAGGCAGUCCAUAGUCUUCAACCUCCAUCGAGUCGACUGGGCGAGCACUGCCGCAACAGAGACAGAGGAUGUUGCUCCGGUGGACCGACUCACUCACAUCAACGCAUGCAAGGAGCGCUAUCGCCAGGCGGCUGCAUCACCGAGCUCCGUCCAUAACUGGAGCACUCCCAAUCGCCCCAACGAGGAACCGUGCGCUACGGACGAUUCGCCUGUCUCGGUGUCCGUCGGGUUCUCCCUGCGCCUCGGCGAGAACAUCAUCCCAAUACCCUUGGACCAGUUCGUCCCACAGGUGGUCCGAGUUGGCCAGUCCAUCCCUAUCUUCCAGCUGUCGAUCCAAGCCCUGAUCGCCACCCUCAAGCUGGAGGACUCGAUGAGGAAAGAGUACUUUAUCCCGUUGCUCGACAUCAAGUUUUACGUGAUCCUGGAGAUUGCCGUGUUUGCACCGCCAAGUCCGUAGAUCCUUAUCCCUGUCAUGGAGCAAAUCACCAGCACCGUGAUGCAAGCCGAUUCUUGCUGCCGACGGUGAUUCUGGUUGAGCCAGUAUCCACUGCGAAUCAUCGAUUCUAGAUCAGUCGUUGCUCCGGACCGUGGUCCUGCCUCCAGGCCAAGAAUCCCGGUCCCAUGCGCAUUUGCCGAUAUCGAGACGCCAUCUCCAACCAAUACAUGUCGUCUGUCUCGAGGCAUCUCUCCUUUCUGCUCGAGAGGAUCCCAGAUCGAUAGUACUGUAGACAAUACCCUGCAGCAACAGCACCUCGUCGUCGAC